AACAUGAUAUCGACUGAACUCCCUGUAUCGAUAAACACCCUCUUCACAUCGAAACCCGUUACCUCCGUCGUGAUCACUAAAGCAUCAUUAUGGGGUAACACCACCCCUUCUACAUCCUCCGCUCGAAAACUAAUCUCCAGCACUCCAGGAGUAAUACCCACUUCCUCUCUUUUCCUUUUCAUCGCUCGAACAUGUCCUCUCCUUGCGUUGUUCGAGUCUCCAUCCGUGGUCCACCAGAAAUCAUAUAUAUUGUUCCUCUCUUCACAAGGCCUGCAUUCUCCUGCCUUCCUCGAUCGCUACUCCCCGUCUUCUCCUACCUCCACCAUCUCUUCGACCAGUUCGCCCUUCUCGUGCAUCAUCCUCCUCCUCAUCAUCAUUUCUAUCACUUUGUUCCCCCGAUCCUUCCCUACAUCUCCUUUUCUCCUUGCCCUUCCUGUCAUGUUACACGAACUCCUUAAGAUGGCCCGCUCGCCCGCUCGAAUAAGGCGCUCAAUUUCAUCUUUAAGCUCGCCUCUCCAUUCGACCAUCCACCUUGGACUGCAAUUGACGCAGCUGAUCCGCAAUCCUCUCCAUCUCUUGGUCUUGCAGGGCUCCUCCUCCUCCAUAACUGGACACGUCCUCCUCCGUGUUAUGGUGGGUACCCGCCACCGUGGUUGGUGCAGUAACUGCCCGAGAAAGGCUAUUUGUGACUUGUUGUACCGCAUGUGCAGCCGCAUCGGCCACCAUCUGCUGCAUCUGUUGUCUAGUCAUCACCACCUGUUCACCAGGGCGUUGGACCUCCACUCGGGGUGGUGCCGCUCCUUGCACCACGACUCCUGCCGGCUGCAUUCUGACAGGAUCUGGUUGCUGCGGGGGUGGAAUCACUGCCACCAUCAGUGUGCAAGCCUCCUGAGCAUGGCUCGAACCUCCUUCUCCUCCAGGAACCACUG